CGGGCGGCCAGAAGGAUUACGACGCUUUUCAAAGUUCAAUUUCUCCUGCGACACCUCACUAUUUUUAAGCCUUUUGAUUGCAACUUUUGUGAUUCAAUCAAUAUCAAAAAUCUGCGAUUAAAGCCUUGGUAACGUCGCUCGAUAAUCUUGUUUUAGGGAGAAUGGUAUCGAACAACCAAACAAGCCAAGUAGGGGAGACUUUUCGUCGGGCUACUUGUAUAUCAACAGGAGUGAUAUCUCUUUUUCUAGCCAUCUUCACAAGCGCUGGGAAUGGUUUUCUUCUCUACGUACUGUAUAAAGAUCCACUAAAAGUGCUUCGUAGACCAGUGACUGUYUUCAUUGGGGCACUAGCUGUCGUUGACUUUUUAACAGGGGCUUUUUCAGACUUCACUUUCGCUGCUCAUAGGUUUGAGUGCGCCAUGGGAGCAUAUAAUCAUCCAGGAGCGGUUGGGAACUUUUCUGGAAUCGCCUACUUUUUCACUGUUAACAGUGCUCUCCUUCUUGUCGCUGCUUUGUCCGUGGAAAGAUUAAUCGCGGUGGCCUUCCCAUACUACUACCGAAAUUCUGUUACAAAAAGAAAGAUCUUCAUCGUGGUAGCAGUUAUCUAUACCCACUCCUUUGUGUUCGCAAUGCUUCAACUGGCGAAAAUCCCCGACCAAAUUUACCACAACCUUGACCUUAACAUUCACAUCAGUUUCCCAGUAGCAACAGUAUCUAUUACCUACGGGGCCAUUUAUGUGAUUUUCCGAAAAAGACGCCUAAGAAUCGAUGCCAACAAAUCAGGAGAAAAUGUUACCCAAAGGAACGCAUCUGUCGUUGUUGAAAGCUCAGAUGUCAGGCGUCAAAUUCGAAAUCUCAAGAUUGAACAGCAGCUCGUUUCAACUGCUUUKAUUAUAUUAUUGUGCAUGAUCGUAGCUUUGAUUCCGUAUCUAGUUUUUGUGUACGUAGAGAUUGAAUGUCCCAGCUGCAUCGAUACUGAAUGGUUCUUUGCAGGCAGACGCCUGUGCGUUCCAUUUCUCUUCAGCAACAGCGCGAUAAAUCCGCUGAUAUAUGCCCACAGGCUGCAACAUUACAAAAACUCAUUUCGUGCUAUAAUCGUUGAUUCGCAAUCUCGAGUUAUAUCACUAACUAGCCAUAUAUGUAUGAAACAAAAAUCGGUUGUUCCGACGCAAAGCAUACGAUAAACUCCUUCACCUUGAAGCCUUCCUUCAAAUAUACAAAUAACCAUUCUUUUUCCGCAUGCUUUUUUUCUAUUUCUUUAGCAAUUUUGGAUCUGGAUAUUAACAAUCCUUAAAAUAAUGUGAAUGUAGUUUUUAGGCAAGCCAGCUAA